ACUGUUUUAAAAUUGGGACGAUAACUUAAGGAAACAUUUACUGGUAAAUACACUUUGAUACAAAUUCUUUCACUAAUGCACAAGUGUCUUAAUCAUUCAAGUGUUGUAGGUCUUUAUGUAUUAGGUACUUAUAGUUGGUGUUUUUUUUUUAAUUUUGUUAAUUUUCUAAUUUUUGGUUGAUCAGGGUUAAUUGAUCAUAUAACAGGAGUUUAAUAAUAUAUGUAAUAAAAAUAAAAACGAUUAUUAUUCACUUGUGCCUUGUGUUCUGUGACCAGUAUCUAUAACAUAUUUUUAAUUGCGAAAUAUGAUAAGACCUUUACAGUAUACUUAAGGAUUCUGAGGUAAAUUAACCAUCAGAAUUAAGUUUAAAAAAUGGGCGAUGCUAAACCAACGCCUAGAAAGUACGCAAGAGAGCGUCAUUUAGAAGUGCAUAUCAGAUAUGUAUACAUCCUCUUGAGCUGUUUGGUUCUGUGCAUGGCCGCAUUAAGUGUAUUUCUUGUUGUCUGCUUCGUCGAACUAUCAACAUUAAAGGAAGCGAUAUCCGGUUGUAAAGAUGUUCUUGAGGUGAGCCUGCAGGAUGGGGCUUUUGGAGAUACUAUUUUAACUUCUAGGGAUGAAGAUCAGAUGUAUGGACAUUUUGUAGAAAAUUCUGAAGAUGACCAGCUUAGAAGGAAGAGGCGUGCUGGAUUUCAUGAAGGUUCAGGAGCAGACGAUGACUGGAUGUGGAUGAGUUCGUUUGCUAGAAUUCCAGUAAAGACAAUUAAAAGCUAUUGUAAAGAGGCCCAAAUGUACUGCGCUGCAAAGGGACCUAAAGGUGAUCCAGGAGAAGUUUUAGAUAUAUCAUUAGUCAACUUGACCUCGUCUCAGCUGGAAGCACUCAGAGGUCCCCCAGGUCAGCCUGGUGAAAAAGGUGAGCCAGGACUCAUAGGAUUGAAGGGAGAUCCAGGUGAAAAAGGUGAUUCCGGUGAUGAUGGAGUUUCAGGACUGAAAGGUGAACAAGGUGACAUAGGAUUGCCAGGAAUUCCAGGUGAAAAAGGUGAAACCGGUAAAAAAGGAUCUAAAGGCGAGACAGGUGACAAAGGAGAUAUUGGACCACAAGGUCCCAUUGGAAAGCCUGGAAUACAAGGAGAAACUGGUCCCAAAGGUGAACCUGGAUCUAAAGGUGAAUCUGGAGUAGAUGGAAAAACAGGUUCACAGGGCCCUAAAGGUGAACCAGGACUUUGCUCAGCUAUUUGUUCUGUUGAGUCUGUUAUAGCGACUUCUCCACCAGUGACAACUCCGGAGCCAACAUUCCCACCAAAGGCGUCAGAAUGUUCCAUAGACGUUCUUGGAAAGCCUGUUUUUAUUCGUCUCUCCCAGUCCAUGUUCGGGUCAUGGAUGGUUGACGUUAAGCCGAAUUCGAAAACUGCAAACAAAUUCUGGAUAAUGCUGGACCUGGAAGGCACCAAUGUCAUCGAGUUUGCAGGGGUAGACAACUUUGAGAAGAACAUCGUCAAUCGUAACAUUACAUUAGAAGGUUCUCCUUACUACGGGACAGGAAGUAUCGUGUAUGAUGGUCAUCUCUACUUCCAGUGGGCUGGGGAACCCAAAGUGGUGAGACUUAAGCUCGAGACCGGAGAAGUGACCACAGUCAGACAGAUCCCUGAGCUGGCCCAUAAAACGUUUAGAGGUGUGAAAAGGCACCUGUACACAUCAGAGAGUUCUUUCGUGGACUUUAGUGCAGACGACAACGGUCUGUGGAUGAUCUACAGCUCUGAACGACACAGCAAUGUCAGCGUGGCCCUGAUGGAUCCAGUCACGCUGGACAUCAUUAAGUCAGUGGACCUCAACGUACCUCUGAGCUCUAAAGGAAACGCCUUCAUCGUGUGCGGCAAGAUGUACACCAUUCGUCACCACAACAGGCUGAAUACGUUUUUGGAUGAAGAGGUCAAUCUGUGGACUGGAGUCAGCCGGCAGUUACAAAUUAAGUUUCACAAUCCUUACGGCAAUACCGUUAUGCUUUCCUAUGACACUAGGAAUCUAAGGCUUCUUUCCUGGGACAACGGUAGGCAACUACGCACACCAAUGCUUCUGAAGAGAAAUUAGAUUUCGUUGUCAAUCAUUUUAAUAAUAAUCAAAUUUCAUAUAAAUAAACAAACAAACAAUUAGUAAUGAAUAAUUUGAUUUUAAACUUUUUUUUUUUAAAUAUCGUAUUUUUAGUUUAAUAAAUGACAUUCGUUCUUAUCAAAUUAAACGCUACCAAACUUUGGAAAUAAUUGUGAAUAAUAAUAAGUAUUAAGUGCAUUUUGAUUAGUAUGUAGCACAUCCACGUGAGUUGAUAAACAAUAUUGUACUUCAAAAGUUGCAAAGCCAUGCAUUACAUAUAUUCUAUUUUAAACCUGCUACACUUUUGUUGUAUGUAAAUUGAUAUCCUUAAUUUAAAUUAAAAGUAAUGCGGGCGAUCAUAUAAAUAUAAUUACAUGAUCAGAAGCCCACUUCUUUAUGAAAAACGACAUGAUUAAUGCUUCUUAAACCAGCUUAUGUUUAGUUACAACGGUUACAUAACCUGUUUGUCUCCUUCACUCUUUGAUCAACCACUCACAUUCAUUUUGUUUGCAUUUAUUUUUUUACCCAUGUUUCUCUUCAUUUUCACAAUGUGUCAUUCUCGUAUUAAAGGGAAUUAAUUUCCAACAGAA